CCCCCAGUGAACCACCAUGCUGGCUUGCAUCCAGAGACGGCAGAAUCUCUCGUCCAAGCGUCUGGUGUGCACCCCUAAUAUUGUGGAUUUUCCACCUCUACCGGUAUCACUACCGGCACCGCCGUUGUUGCCCUGGGCCAACAGUGGUGAACCAGCUUCCAUGACUUCUCAGUAUCCUUCUCCUGCAGAGCUGGAUGCCUUUGCCCACAAGACAGCCAACUGUCCCCUCUCCAUCAAAAUAUUCCCCUCAAACAUCCGAGUACCCCAGCACAAACAGCUGAACAGAACAGUCAAUGGAUUGGACACCACAGGCCAACAUUACACCCCUUAUUCCCACCGUUACUCAGGAGGCUACCAGGGUUUGUUGGCCAUUGUCGAGGCCUCUGUGGUAGUCAAAGGUGUGGUGAAAAACUCUGAGGGCAAAAGGACUAAACAUGUACGUACCCAGACUACAGUAGCACCAUACAAUAAUACUCUUAAUAACAGCUAUACCGCUACAAGACAUGGGCAUAAGGCCUUUCAUAUAAGCUCCUGUAAGCCCCCUGAUAUGCCAACUAAGACUCUUUCUUCUACGGCAAUGACGACCUCUGAAGGUCAGGGACUAGUCCCACAAUCUGAGCUGGCUGAGGUACACAGCUUGAUAAAGCACAUGAACUGUGUCCCCCACAGCCAAACUCUACAAUUGGGCGGACAAGCCAGCCCCUCUCUCCGGGCCGUGGCUGCUGUGGCUUACUCAGAAUCUGGGUUUGUCUUUGGAGUGGCACCCCAGAGCAGCCUGGCACUUUCAGGGGCAGUGCUACCUACCCAGAGUGCAGAUAUGGCUAAAGUCGGGUAUCUUGACAAAGCAAACUAUAAUAUUGGGCACAAACAGCAACAUCAAAUUCAGCAGCAACAGCAUCAUCAGCAGUACAAUCAACAGGGCACAUCAACAAUGUACAACAAUGGUCAGGGAUGCAGGGGGGCUGAGGCUGUGGUCAGUCAAUCUCCUGAAACCUGCCUACCAUUGGUGUGUUCAACACAGCUGUCUUAUAGGUGCCAUCCCAUCAGUGCAGGCAUUAAUGGGGAUAGGCCGGGGCAGGCUAGCUCCUCUCCUGUGAACUGCACUGUCAUGCAUGGGGAGUUAUCUGCUGGACAGCACGUUGCUCCUCCAUGGGAAAAUGUCCUUGCCACCCCUCACAGUGAUUGUUUUACUUCUCAGGACCUGGCAGCUGGUCCAUCUAUGGGCAGGCCUAGAGACAUGGGGCUUUCCCAUCCACAUCCCCACCCAGGCAGGCAUCACCACCACCAUCACUCACAGCAUCAUCAGCUGUAUCCUCCUCUUCACCCUCAGCACAGCACAGACCAAAGUCUCUGGUGUGGACUGCCUAACUCUCGCCUGUGCUAUGCCUCAGUGCUUAGUAGCAGCCUGCAGUCUCUGGAGUGCCUCAUCAGUGAGAUCCAUCCCUCCUGCAUCAAAGAACGCAUGCUGGGCCGAGGGUAUGAAGCCAUGGGGAUGCCGCGGCUAAUGGAGCACCAUCAGCAUACCCACAUUCAGCUCCCUGUCUAUGACCGGGUGUUCCAACAAAACAGGGCACAGAAAUAA